AGAGAGAGGACCCCUUCAACUGAAACAUAUUAAACUCUGGAGAUGUACUAUCCCACAGACUGACAGGCUUCUGGCUGCUUCUGGCUGCCACACCCACAUAUGAGCUGCAGCAACUCUAUAAAGUCAGACUAUUCUGCAACUUACUUAAGGGAAGAGACUCUACUCCCAUCUUCACCAGGUCGUUCAGGAGUCAGAGUGGUGUGUAUAGGAGAGGAAAGGCCCAGACCAGAGCUCUAACAUACUACAGACGUCACAGCCCUACAGUAACAUACAGGACCAUCUUCUGAGAGGAGGCCCAGAGGAUGUCUCGUUGGGGCCGUAAAGACGUGAAGAAGACUCCUGAGGUGAUCAGGACGGUGACAGAGGGGUUAAAGUCUCUGUACCAUCAGAAGCUCCUCCCCCUGGAGCAGCACUACGGUUUCCACGACUUCCACUCCCCCUCUCUGGAGGAUGCAGACUUUGACAACAAACCCAUGGUGCUGGUGGUGGGGCAGUACUCCACUGGCAAGACUAGCUUCAUCAAGUAUGUGUUGGAGCAGGAUAUCCCAGGAAGCAGGAUAGGACCAGAGCCCACCACUGACUGUUUCACAGCCAUCAUGCACGGCGAGGUAGAGGGAGUUAUCCCAGGCAACGCUCUCAUCGUCGACCCCAACAAACCCUUCCGCAAUCUCAACCCCUUUGGAAACACCUUCCUGAACAGGUUACAGUGUGCGCAGCUGCCCAAUCAGGUCCUGGAGAGCAUCAGCAUUAUCGACACGCCGGGGAUCCUGUCAGGAGCGAAACAGAGGGUGAGCCGAGGUGAGAAGAGCAAGGCUCAGGAGUGGACGGGACAAGGCUAUGACUUCCCAGCGGUGCUGCGAUGGUUUGCAGAGCGUGUUGACCGUAUCAUCCUCCUGUUCGACGCCCACAAGUUGGAGAUCAGUGAUGAGUUCUCCGAAGCCAUCGGAGCGCUGCGUGGUAAUGAGGAGAAACUGCGCGUCGUCCUGAACAAGGCUGACAUGGUGGGAACACAACAGCUGAUGAGAAUCUACGGAGCUCUAAUGUGGUCUCUGGGCAAGGUAUUCAACACCCCAGAGGUCGUGAGGGUGUAUAUCGGGUCGUUCUGGUCUGAACCACUGCUGGUCCCUGAUAACCGUCGUCUGUUUGAGCUGGAGGAGGAGGAUCUGUUUAGUGACAUCCAGAACCUUCCCCAUAAUGCAGCCCUCAGGAAACUCAACGACCUGGUGAAGAGGGCACGACUGGUCAGGGUGCAUGCCCACAUCAUAAGUUACCUGAAGAAGGAGAUGCCAACCUUCAGGAAGGACAACAGGAAGAAGAACCUGAUCUACCAACUUCCUGUCAUCUUCUCCAAGAUCCAGCUGCAACACCACAUCUCUGCUGGGGACUUCCCUGACUGCGCCAAGAUGCAGGUCUAUCUGGAGCAGCUGUUGACCCAUGACUUCAGUAAGUUCAAGCCCCUGAAACCGUCCCUGAUGGCUGCUCUGGACGAGCUGCUGGCAUCCGACAUCGCCAAGCUGAUGCCCCUGCUGCGCCAGGAGGAGGUCAACCUGGGGGAGCAGCCAGGGGUACAGGGGGGGGCCUUCCUGGGAACACGCGCCGGGCCCUUCGUGGUGAACGACCCAUUCGGAGACGUGGAGAAGGAGGGCGAGGAUGGGGGCGAGAUGGCCUGGGUGGUGACCAAGGACAAGCCCAAAUAUGACGAGAUCUUCUACAACCUGGUGCCUAACGAGGGCAAGCUGAGUGGCACCAAGGCCAGGGACUGGAUGGUGAGCACCCGGCUGCCAAACUCCGUCCUGGGGAGGAUCUGGAAGCUGUCGGAUGUGGACCGAGAUGGCAUGCUGGAUGACGAGGAGUUUGCCUUGGCCAGCCACCUGAUCGAGGUGAAGUUAGAGGGGCAUGGUCUGCCACCCGAGCUGCCAGCACGCCUGGUGCCCCCCUCCAAGCGCAGGCAGAAAGGAUCUGAUAUAUAGAGAGACUACAUUAACCCACCCUUUGGAGCUGAGAGUAUAACCCUUUGACAGCUGACACACACACUACUGCCCCCUACGUUGUCCCCCUACGUUGUCCCCUACGUUGUCCCCCUACUUUGUCCCCUACGUUGUCCCCUGCAUUGUCCCCUACAAUGUCCCCAGUCCCCUACAUUGUCUCCUACAUUGUCUUCUAGUCCCCUACGUUGUCCCCAGUCCCCUACGUUGUCCCCAGUCCCCUACAUUUCUUCUAGUCCCCUACAUUGUCCCCUACGUUGUCCCCAGUCCUCUACGUUGUCCCCAGUCAUCUACAUUUUCCCCUAGUCCCCCACGUUUUCCCCUUGUGCCCUACAUUGUCUCCUUGUCUCAUUAUCUUUCCUUACUUCAUGUCUGUAAGCCCCUGGCUGCAUCUCAAUAGUCUUCGGUAGCUUUUUCUUCUCCUCUCCUGUAAAGUCACAUUUUCUUGUGUUUUAUUCCUGAAGGAUAACAGAGGUCUGAUGCCAUUUCGUGUUUUGUGUUAAUGGACAGGACAAAAGGACCGAAGGAGAGUAGAGAGGGAGAUCGUAAGUAGACCGAGUAGUGGAGAUGGUACUUGAACCCCCGCGUCCAAUGUGUCUCCACUCUAAUUCCUAUCCCAUAGUGCAGAUGAAGGAAAGGAGUAGGAGAAGAUGCUUCAUAUUAUUGAGAUGCACCACCACUUUUUCCAAUUGGAUCUAAAUGUGUUUUGCUGAGUGAUGUCAAAUAAAAGCUAGUGGCCUGCUCUACUCUACUCUACUCUACUCUACUGCUAAUUACACACUGAUCUGAUUAUACAUGGCUCUGAAAGCUGCCUUACUAUAUUUGACUUGCUUUUACAUGGAGCUAUUUUGCAGGGGUUUUAACAAAUCAAGACAGACAUACAUAGACACAUGUUGAAUAUGUUCAAGUACACUAAUCUAUGUUCAUGUAUUUGACAGCUGUUGCCAUUAGGUACAGUAUAAAGCUUGUUUAGUCAUCUCUCUCUCUGUCUGCAGGGGACUGGUCCAACCAAUAACAUUGCAGUACUUAUAUAGUUAGUAUAGUUUUCCUCACACACUGUCACUGUCUUCUAUUCAGCUUUUGGGGGAUUGUUUAGUGAGUAGUGCUGUUGAUUUUCUAUUCACUAGACAUAUAACGGCAUUUGUUUCAAAUUAAUGUCAUAUGCUGUGAGAACAAUGUUGUUAUGUAAAACAAUGACUGCUGUGCACAGCUAACCCAACAGCUACAUGUUAUUAUUAUCAUUAACUAAUAAACUGUAUGGACUGUG